UGGUUCUUCCAGUUGCCCGGGAUUCCCAGUUCGAACUCUUCCUGGAAACGCUCUCCUCACCGCUCAUCUUGCGAAACUAGCGGGCCCUCCCUCGGCUCUCCCCGGCCUCUUAUACCCGCCGGAGGCGCCACGCGCAGCCCUCGCCGAGCCCUCGCCGAGCCCGCCCGCGCCCCGCAGCUGCGCCCGAGCACGUCUCAGCAGAAGUCAUUUGGAUCUUUUUGUCAACUGGAAUUUAAAAAUCAUUUCCUUUUAAAAAUCUUAAGAAGGCCACAAAGCUACUGACAAAGUUAUGGAAAAAACUUCUACAGAUGCAUUUCCUUCUACUAUAUAUUCUUCAGAAAAGCAAGAGACUGUAUGCAUUUUUGGAACUGGAGAUUUUGGAAGAUCACUAGCAUUUAAAAUGCUCCAGUGUAAUUAUUCUAUUGUUUUUGGAAGUAGAAAUCCCCAGAAGUCCAGUCUGCUGCCCCAUGGUGCAGAGAUCUUCAGCUAUUCAGAAGCAGCCCAGAAAUCGGACAUCAUAAUCAUAGCAGUCCACAGAGAGCAUUAUGAUUUUCUCAAGGAACUAACUGAGGUGUUCAAAGGAAAAAUACUGGUUGACAUCAGCAACAACCUCAAAAUCAAUCAGUAUCCAGAAUCUAAUGCAGAGUACCUUGCUCAUUUGGUGCCAGGAGCCCACAUAGUAAAAGCAUUUAACACCAUCUCAGCCUGGGCUCUCCAGUCUGGAACACUGGAUGCAAAUCGGCAGGUGUUUGUCUGCGGAAAUGAUAGCCAUGCCAAGCAAAGAGUGAUGGAUAUUGUUCGUACUCUUGGGCUUACUCCACUGGAUCAAGGAUCUCUCAUGGCAGCCAAAGAAAUUGAAAACUACCCCCUGCAACUAUUUCCAAUGUGGAAGUUCCCCUUCUAUUUGUCUGCUAUUCUAUGUGUCUUCUUCUUCUUCUACUGUGUUAUAAGAGACAUAAUCUACCCUUAUGUUAAUAGCAAGAAAGAUAUCACAUUUCGCUUGGCUAUUUCCAUUCCAAAUCGUAUCUUUCCGAUAGCAGCGCUUACACUGCUUGCCUUGGUUUACCUCCCUGGUGUUAUUGCUGCCAUUCUGCAACUGUACCGAGGUACAAAAUACCGCCGAUUCCCAGACUGGCUUGACCACUGGAUGCUUUGCAGAAAGCAGCUUGGCUUGGUAGCUCUGGGAUUUGCCUUCCUCCAUGUCCUCUACACACUUGUGAUUCCUAUCCGUUAUUAUGUACGAUGGACACUGAAAAACAGAACCAUUACCCAGGCAACAGCCAAGACACAAGAUCUAUUUAGCACUUCUACUGCCUGGCUUAGUGAUUCCUACGUAGCUUUGGGAAUCCUUGGGUUUUUCCUGUUUGUACUCCUGGGAAUCACUUCUUUGCCAUCAGUUAGCAAUAUGGUCAACUGGAGAGAGUUCCGAUUUGUACAGUCCAAAUUGGGUUACUUGACCCUGAUCUUGUGCACAGCCCACACCUUGGUGUACGGCGGAAAGAGGUUCCUCAGUCCUGCAAGUCUCAUAUGGUAUCUUCCUUCAGCCUAUGUGAUAGCGCUCAUCAUUCCCUGCACCGUGCUGGUGAUCAAGUUUAUCCUCAUCCUGCCAUGUAUAGACAAGACCCUUACACGAAUCCGCCAGGGCUGGGAGAGGAACUCAAAACCAACAUCAGAUGGACAAUAUUUAAAGCAAAGCUCAAUUCACCUGGACUCUCAAUUAUAGUAUUGUAUAUUUAGAGGAGACUAUGUAAUGCGCACAGCUAAGAAAGAAUUUUUCUCACACUAUAGCUUAAAGUUUGUUAACAGAGAAGGAACUGCUGCCUGACUUUUAGAAAUUGACAGGAAUAGAUUGCCAUUUAAUCUCAGGUUAGUGAUGAAUCUAUGGAGGUCCCUGCCUCUCUUCUUCCCGGAGGCAGCGGGGCUAAGGUCACAGUUAGCUUUGUGGUUUCACGCUAAAAAGUUUUUUUGCUUUGGGCAACAUGCAUGACCUAAUGUCUUGCAAAAUCCAGGGGAAAUACAUGCAACUUCCUUUUCUGGUUCAAGAGCUGAAUGCAAAGAAAAAGAAACAGUAAGAUGGUGGCCACUGAUAAAGGCUUUCUGAGAUACAUCUGAGAAGGAGGGCCAAAUGAAGUAAAAGGAAUGAGAAUUUUUCUUACUGUUCUUUGUAAGUGAAAGUGAUCAUAAGUAUUGCUAUAGUGAAUUCUGUAGUUAAUGUACUCUUUGAUUUUGCUUUUGCCAACAUGGAUCUGUACUGUGGAGAACUAUUUUAUAACACCACAAAAAUAUCACAACUGAUUGGAAGUAACCAUGGGUUGGAUAUAUGCAAAUCUAUUAUUCUUGUCAUAAGAUCCUUUCUCUAAAAGGAAUAGGUGUAGGGAAAGGUGUACACUGAGUUAAAAUUGAGAGAUAUCUGCUUGGAUUUUCUCAUUAUACAAUAAGCAAGGAAGGGUUGAUAAAAGCCCUUGCACAAGAAGUUGAAAUAAAAAAACCCAGAAUUUUAGAUAGCAAGCUAAAUGAAUUUUGUAAAGUUGCACUAUACUAGGAUUGCAUGAUUUAGGUAUUAUGGUAUGCUUGGUGAAUAGAAUAUUCCAAAUAUCGUUCAAUACUAAUCAUCUAUGAAAUGGAUUUCUAGUAUUAAAAAGUGGCUUCUAUAAUCAGGGCUUACUAUAAUUUUAAGCAGUGAAAUUAAAUGAAUAAUGAAAGUAUAAAUUUGACCAAUGCAUAGAUGAAAGAGAAUUAUGUAAAAUCUUAUGGUUAGAGAGGUAUGAACAGUAGCUGCAAUAUGAGACUUGGUUCAUUCUCAAAUCUUUGCUGGAAUGCAGGAUGGUUUCCUCCGUCUCUAAUGAUAGUGCCAUUUCCAAGAUGACCUUCAGCAGGAUUGGCCUUCUUGGCUCAUGCAUGGAGCUGAAAGGAGCCUCAUGUACCCUCUUUCCACAAACUGAAAUAAACAAAAGGCUUUGAGAUUGGCAUUUUUCUGCCUGCCUUAUAAAGGCCAUCUAUUUUUUCUUUUUUUUCAACUUAUCAUAUCUACAUGAUGCAAAAUGAUUAAAGUAUAUUAAAACAUCACCCACCAUCUAGGAUAUUUCUCUAUAAAACUUUUUGAAAAUAGUUCCAUCUACAUUCAAUUUUACAUCCUUCCUUUUUCACUUAAUGUAUCAGUGGUUUUAUUCUCUGACUUACAUGAUAUAUGUGUAUUAUUAGUGGCUGAAUUAUAUUACAUCAAAUGGGCAUUUAUUCAACCAUUACACUAAACAUGUAGGUUAUAUCUGUUUUUUACUAAAACAAAUAACAUUUCAGAGAAUAUCUUAGCACUUAUAACUCUUUUCCAUUUUUUAAAUUAUUUCACUAGAAUACUUAGCAAGAAUUGAGAUUACAAAAUUAAGGAACUUUUAAUAUCAUUUGAUAUAUAUUGCCAAAUUAUUUCUAAAUUAACCUUGUCCAUAUCAUUGGCAUUGGAUGAAGGCAUUGGUUUCAUCAUACCUUUCAUAGAUUUUGUCUUUCAUAUCAGUUCAUGUACACUGAGAAGAUACACAGAACACAUGCUUCAUUCAUUUAUCCAUGACCCACCUAAGCAAGGUUACGAAAAUCCUGGAAAACUGUGAGCAGACCUGUGGUGUGUGAUGCUGACCCUAGAGUAUCAAGGGAAAAGACAGAAAAUGUUGCUACUCAUCUACUCCAUUUUGUGCAAAACAGCCAUGUAAGUGUCCCAGAGUUGAAGGCUGCUCUUUGUCUAGAGAAUGGUUGCUUCAAAAUUAAAUACUAUCCAGGUUGAUGUAAAGAAAGCCUCUGGGGUUAACCAUGCUUUUUGGUAAAGAGCUUUUACUGGGCCAUAGUUUGUCAAUAAAAUUGAAAUGCCACACUGAGGUAAAACCAAGCCUACCUAGAGUAAAACUCUAUUUUUAUAACCUAGUAAAAAUGUUCUGCCUGUGUAGUUAAGAAAAGCCAUCCAUGAAGCCAGAAGUUGAAGAACACCUCCAGUGGUUUUGGUGUUUUACAGUGCCAAGCCUGACCCUUGGCCUCAACCACAAGGGCUCCAAGCCUCACAAUGGACCAGAGAAGCCAAUUUCCUCCUCUUGUCCCUCUCCACAUCCUUCCUCCCCAAACCACCAAACCAACUUGAUUAUCCUAACACAGCUGACUCCUCUAGUUUACAUUGGGUUGGAAAGAAUGAGUUUGGAGUAGAUGGAAAUAAUGAACUGUACAGCUUUUAACAAAUCCAAACUGUUCUGCAUAAAAAUGUUAGACUAAGCUGCACUGUAUUCUAGGAAAAGCUUUAAGCUCAUAGACCUUUUAUUUUUGUAUGUUCUCCCCAUGUUAAGGGAUGACUACUUUUAUAAGUUUGUAUUCAUUAAAUGUUAUUUUAAAAAUA